ACUUGCGGUGAUUCUGUUUUAUCAAAAACACGAUGCUAUGAGGAGUAAAAAGCCUCCAAAGACGGUCGAUAGGUCGUUGAAGACAUGACUCGUUCUGGACGCCCUCCGACCUAUUCAACUGAUUAAAACAUUAAAUUUUGAAGGAUGUGUUACUUGAAAAUCGUCAGACAAUUUUUAGAGAGAUGGCAUGAGAGCUCGACAUCUCUCGCGAGUUCGUACAAAUUAUUUUUAUGGAUAUUUUGGGUAUUAAACGCGUUCUUGCUCGACUCGUCUCGAUAAAGCUGAUUUUUUGUAUCAAAAAUAGUACCGUAAAAAGAUCUCUUUGGAGCAAAAACGCAAUGAAUAUCAUCGAUCAACCACCUUAUUCACCAGACUUGGCACCGAGUGAUUUUUUCUUGUUCCCCAAACUGAAAUUGCCGCUCCGUGGAAAUCGUUUUCAGUCGAUCGAGAGAUAAAACGAAAUUAGCUGAAGGAGCUGAAGGCCAUCCCAAAAAGGCUUAUUACAUCUGAUGGGGAUUACUUUGAAAACGACAACAUAAAUAUUGUUUUAUUUUAUUCGCAAUUUCCAGUAAGAGCCAGAGCUGAGUAGGCGCACUCUGAAUUUGUCUCUUCGCUUAACAAAAAUACUCUACUGCUUGUGAAAAUAUUUUAUUUUUAAGUCUGGGAUAGUUUAAAGAAAAAAUAAAAGAAACAAGAUGUGUUGUGAAGCUUGUAGCGUUACUCAGCGGAAAGGAUGGAUUUUUGGCUUUGGCACUUUCUUCACCGCUAUCGGCAUCGCUCUGCUUAUAUUUUGGAACGGAAUCGCAGAAAAUAUUAUGAAAAAAAAUUUGGUAAUUAAAGUUGGUACAGAAGGCUAUAAUAAUUGGGUGGAAGCACCCAUUCCAAUUUAUUUGGAAUUUCAUUUGUUUAACUGGAGUAAUCCUGAAGAGAUAAGAAACCCGAACGUCAAACCGCAUUUUGUGGAAAUGGGACCAUAUGUUUUUCUUGAGAAGCACUUGAAACAAAAUAUUACGUUUUUCGAAAACAAUACAGUGUCAUACUUUCAAAAGCGAACCUGGUUUUUCGAUAAGCAGCGAUCUGGUGGUUCUUUGGAUGACAUGGUGACAGCUGCUCAUGUGAUCACAGCGACUGUUGCUGAUCAGAUGAGACAUAGAAACAAACUUGUCAAAAAAGCGGUUAAUUUCAUGCUGAAUCAUGAGGGCGGUGAGCUGUAUACAACAAAAACAGUGCGCGAGUGGAUCUUUGAAGGAUACAAGGAUAGGCUUAUCGAUUUUUUAAACCUUUUCAAUACAACAAAAAUAAAGAUACCAUACACUCGCUUUGGCUGGUUAGUUGACCGCAAUGGUUCGGCCGAAUAUGACGGUCUAUUCACAAUACAUACUGGUGUCAAUGAUAUGGCUAAUUUGGGUCGCUUGACGCAUUGGAAUAUGAAGAAUGAGACUGGCUUUUAUGGUGCACCAUGUGGCACCGUCAAUGGCACCACCGGCGAUUUAUUCCCACCGCAUUUAAGUUCUAAGCAAGAAAUCACCAUCUUUGCGACCGAUGCGUGCCGUUACAUGAAUUUGGCGCCAAAUGGUACUGUAGAAAAAUACGGCAUAACUGCAUAUAAUUGGGUAGGAACGACGGAGACGCUUGAUUCUGGUGAAAAUUAUCCAAAUCAGAAAUGUUUUUGCGACCCGAACGUCGAAGAAUGCCCCAAAACCGGCGUUGUGGAGUGUAAAAAAUGCCGGAACAAUGCACCAAUUUAUGCCUCUUUUCCACACUUUCAUUUGGCUGAUCGUAGCUAUCUAGACGCAGUUUCAGGGUUAGAACCGGACUCGAAUAAGCACAGUUUCAACUUAGCAAUAGAGCCAACCACUGGCAUACCGCUGCAAGUAAAUGGACGUCUACAAAUCAAUAUGAUGAUCGAACCUGAUAAUGACUUCGACAUUUAUCGUGGUCUACCCAAAUUCCUGAUGCCCAUGUUUUGGUUCAAUCAAAUAGCUGUAUUAGAUGAGAAAUUAGCCAGCAGAACGAAGCUUGUUAUGAAUUUGGGAGAUUAUGGGUUCUAUACCGGAAUUGUUUUAAUAACAAUUGGAGCCAUCUUCUUUAUUGUUGCUAUAGUUUUGACGUUGACUAAGCGAUGGAAACGCACACCGAUUGAUGAUGACGAGGACAUGCUUACGACUUAGGUACUGUUAUCGUAUAUCAAAAGUAUAAACUAAACGAAAAACUGGGUAUAACUAGUUUUAUAGUAUCUUCUAUUGUACAAAGUCAUGUUAACAGGAGCCAAAGUGCCAGCAGUUAUUCCGGCUGCGAAAAGUCUGUGAAUAUAUGCAUGCUAUACUUAUAACAAUUUACUUUGCAAUUAUAUUAAAUCGGCUGCAUUUCUAUUUAUAUUUAUAGAUCUUUAAAUUAUGUAUUAUAAAACGCUGAGUUGUGGUUAUAUAUUUUUUUAAUAUGCAAUAAAUAUUAUAUGAUGUUAUA